CGGAAGUGCGUUGUGUAUGGGGCAGUGCUCUGUUGUUGCCGCCACUUUCAGUUGCCCGUGGAAUGUUCGCCAUGAAGAACGCUUCUGUUGCUACUGCUGCUGCUGCUGCUGGCCAGCUCGUGCUGCUGAUUCUGAUUGCUGGGAUUGGGUGCGCCCAGGGUCAUUUGCUGUCCCAGCCGGCGAUGGAAUUACGCAUUCAGGCCCAGGAACAGCUCAUCUCGCAGCACAACGACAGCGCCUAUGUGCAGCGUCUGAUGCGGCUGUCCAAGUCGGCCGAGAUGCGAAACUAUAUGCAGCCGGAACUGGAGCCCUGCGACAAUUUUUACGCCUACAGUUGCGGCAAUUGGCCCAAAAUCAAUCCAGCCAAUACCGCAAACCCACGCGAGACCAACUACGAGCAGGUGCUGGUCAAAGGCUACCACCACAAGCAGCAGCGCCUGCUGCAGCGGCCGGCUGACGCUGCCGUCGAUGCUGAUGAGGUGCUCAAAUUAAAAGAGUUCUUCGCCAACUGCCUGCACUUCCGCCAGACGCCGCUCCCCGUGUACCGCCAACAGUUGCUGGAGAUUGUGGCCGAGUUUGGACACAUGCCCGUCCUGGCUCUGCCGGGUCAGCAGUGGCCCGCCGACGAGUUCGAUUGGGUGGCCACCGUGGCACGCAUCAAGCGAAAGUAUGGCCUGGACAUCAUACUGCGCCUCCAGGUGUCUCCUGCGGGCAUCUAUGUGGGACAACCGCAGCAGAUUCUGCCACAGCCCAAUCGGCAGGGACGAGCUGCCACCAUAGCGGAUCAGCUGGAGCGGUAUUUGGGUGUGGAAACGCAAUUGGCACAGACCACUUCGUUGCAAAUCACGCGAAUGGAGGAUUUGGUGGCCCAAUAUAUGAGGGAUCUUCCUGUGGGCGUGCUCGCACGUCCACGCACACCCGAGGAGCUGGAUGCCCUCUACUCUCCAGUGCUCAACCUCACCCAGUACAUUGAACUUGUCCUCGAGCGGCCAUUGAACGCGAACGAUACCCUGUACGAGCAUGUGCCCAGCUAUCAGGCGCAUCUGCUGGACUUCCUGACAAACAUUUCACCGCAGAUGCAUGCCAACUAUAUCUACCACGAGCUGCUGCAGCACUUUUACUUCGAGUGGAGUGGCUCCGUGGUGGAGCAUUGCACGUCCAAGGCGAGGAGUCUGUUCCCCGAGCUGCUCGACAACAUGGUCUUGGGCGAGUACGGAGAUGCAGCCACGCUGAGCGACAUUGAAGCCGUGUGGCAGGAGAUCAAGCGCAGCUUCCGCGACCUGCUGGAGAACGACACCGCCGAUUGGUUGGCUUUGCCGACGCGCACCAAGCUGCUGGACCAGAUCAAUGCCACUCACCUGCUGGUCAACGGACAUGCGGAUGUCAAUUUCACGCAGACCUAUGAACGAUUGGAACUAAAGACUCGGGACUAUCUACAGAACUUGCGGGCCGUGCUCAGUCACGACAGCCUGAAGACCAAAUUGCCUGCGGCUCCACUGACAACGGCCAGCUAUGAUCCCGUGGAGAAUCGUGUCCUGUUACCGGUGGCCCUGCUGCAGCCGAACUAUCUGUGGUCCCGCUACUACCCUCGCGCCCUGCGUUACGGCAGUUUGGGCACUCUCCUCGCCCACGAGUUGGCCCACAGCAUCGAGGAUGUCUCGCACUGGGAUGCCCCGUCGUUGAGAGAUUACUACAAGCGAUGGGCCUGCUUCAAGGAACAGUACGGACGUCUGCGACUCAAUGGAGAGUAUUUGCCGAAGAACGAUCUGCAGGCGGAGAACAUAGCCGACAAUCUGGCUGUGCAGGUGUCCUACCACGCCUACUCAAAGUACUUGAAGGAGCUGGCCCCAUCCGCCCUGGCCUCGGAGCAGCUGCCACAGCUGACCCAGAACCCGCGGCAGCUGUUCUUCAUCAGCUAUGCCCAGUUCUGGUGCACCGAUUCAAAUGAGAGGUUCCGCGACAGGGUAUCCCUUCUCGUUUCGCAUACACCCAAUGCCCUGAGGGUGCUGGGUUCACUCUCCAACCUGGGAGCCUUCCAGCGGGACUUUGCCUGCAGCAGUGGCAGUCCGAUGACCUCCGCCCAGAAGUGUCAGCUGUACGGCAUCUCCCUGGAUUAGCUCGGAGCGGUGCCGAUCCCGAUCCGAUCGAAUGCAACAUAUUCUUGGAUGAAAUAUAUUUUUAUGUACAGUAGCAGACAAAGAAAUCCGGACACUCCUGUUAGCUAACUUUAAACCGAUGGCGGGAAACUAAAAAACGUCUAACUGAGUCGGGAAAUAUUUUUAUGGCAUAUAUACAUUCAUUAGCUGUUAAUUGAUGACUUGUUUUCAUUUUACAAAGAAAACAGUUUUAACAAAAAAUUAAAAACUUUUGACUUUCUAUGUAUUCGUAUGAUUUAAACGACCACCCGCCGCAGGGAGUGAGAGGAAGACCACCCAAAAGGACCUUCAAUGUAGGAUCGUAUUUGUAAACGCUUGAGCGUCAAAGAUCGCUUCAAAUUGGCAAAAAAUAUUAGAAGGGAGUUUAUCUAGUCGGUAGGUAUCCAUAUGUCUUCAGAAGACAGGAGUUAAAGGUAGUGAGACAGUAAAAUUACCACCUAAGGUACUUCAAAAAAUCCAGACAAAGCUCCAAUUGGCCAAAAUCAACAAAACUUGGGCUUUAAAUGAUUGGAGAAAAGUAAUGUUUGUAAUAAUGGCAAGAA